CAGAGAACAGGGCAGGGCAGGGGAACCCCCUCGGGUCGGAGUCCAGGUCUCCAGCAGAGGCCGCUGCAGCCGCGGGUGACGCCGAGUCUUUUGCACCUUGCGGCCUCCUCGUCGAACCCCCUCGCCGCCCGCCGCCUGCAGCCUACCUGGAGAAUUAGUACCACAAAGAAAACCUGAUGGGACCUCUCCAGAUUGUCACAAGCCGAUUACUCUCCCAGCUGUGUCGUGGACAGAAGGCUCCAGCCUCCCCUCGAAGCAAGAUUUGCCUAAUAAUGGCCCGUCCAAGUUCCAAUAUGGCGGAUUUUCGGAAGUGCUUUGCAAGCGCCAAGCACAUAGUCGUCAUCUCUGGGGCUGGCAUUAGCGCUGAAAGUGGGAUCCCCACAUUCCGAGGGGCCGGCGGCUACUGGAGAAAGUGGAAAGCCCAGGACCUGGCCACCCCAGAGGCCUUUGCCCGCAACCCCUCGCGGGUGUGGGAGUUCUACCACUACCGGCGCGACGUCAUCCUGUCCAAGGAGCCCAACCCCGGGCACCGCGCCAUCGCCGAGUGUGAGGCCCGGCUGAGCAAGCAGGGCCGCCGGGUCGCGGUCAUCACCCAGAACAUCGACGAGCUGCACCUCAGGGCUGGCACCAAGAACCUGGUGGAGAUCCACGGUACCAUAUUUAAAACUCGAUGUACCUCUUGUGGCUCUGUGGUCGAGAAUUACAAGAACCCAAUUUGUCCAGCUUUAUCGGGAAAGGGUGCUCCCGAACCUGAAGCUGAAGAUUCCAAAAUCCCACUUGAAGAACUUCCCCGGUGCGAAGUGGCAGGGUGCGGGGCCUUGGUGCGACCUCACGUGGUGUGGUUUGGAGAAGACCUGGACCCUGCAGUUCAGGAGAAGGCUUCCCGAGAGCUGGAGCGCUGUGACCUGUGUCUAGUGGUGGGGACUUCCUCUGUGGUCUACCCAGCCGCAAUGUUCGCCCCCCAGGUGGCAGCCAGGGGCGUGCCAGUGGCCGAAUUUAACACGGAGACCACCCCAGCCACCGGCAGAUUCAGGUUUCAUUUCCAGGGACCUUGUGGGACAACUCUUCCCGAGGCCCUUGCUCCUCAUGAAAUUGAAACUGUUUAAGUGUCCUGGGAGAAGAAGGAAGAACUGGGCCACAAACAGGAGAAACAGUCUGCGGACGGUGAGCUGCUGUAGACCAGAUGACCUAAAACCCUCCACUUCCUGGGCUGGAAUCUAAUGAUUGCUGAAUUAGUGGGCCUGGACGAAUCGGAGAACUCUAAAGCUGAUGCGUGUUUCUUACGUACUGAAAUGUAAGUGUCUUACACUUGUGUUUGCUUACUAGGAGGGGUAGAUUUGUAAUGAGGUUCUCUUUAAAAUAUUAAUUAUCCUGAUGUAUUUUUCUCUUUGGAAAAGGUAGAAGGGUAAAAACCUGGCAUUUAAUCCUAAUUUCUGCACUCCUGUUGAUGCAAAAUGGUAUCAUUGUCUACAGUAGGAAAUUUAUUAUAUAAAGAUGUUACCCCAAGGGA